AAAGAAAAGGCCUUUCCACCUGAAGAAAGGAAAAAUCCGAAUCCUCUCUAACUCUCUAAACCAUGAGUCUCUUCGGUCUGGGCAGAAAUCAGCCAACAUUUCGCCCCAAAAAAAGUGCACCCUCAGGAAGUAAGGGUGCACAGCUUAUGCAACACAUUGAUUCUACCCUGGGCAGUGGAAACCUAAGGGAAGCAGUAAGGCUACCUCCUGGGGAGGAUUUAAAUGAAUGGCUCGCUGUCAACACUGUAGAUUUCUUCAAUCAGGUGAAUCUGCUCUAUGGUACCCUUACAGAGUUUUGCACCGCAGAGAACUGUCCUACAAUGACUGCAGGCCAUAAGUAUGAAUAUAGAUGGGCGGAUGGUGUGCAGAUCAAGAAACCUAUAGAGGUUUCUGCCCCAAAAUACGUCGAAUAUUUAAUGGACUGGAUCGAAUCUCAGCUUGAUGAUGAAUCCAUUUUUCCUCAAAAGCUUGGUGCACGGUUCCCUCCCAACUUCAAGGAGGUCGUGAUUGCACUUCCAGAAAUCGUGAGCCUCAAGGAAGAAGCCCAUUUGAACACAUGCUUCAAGCAUUUCAUACUGUUUACUUCUGAGUUCGGGCUGAUCGACAAGAAAGAGCUAGCUCCUCUUCAGGAGCUCAUUGAAUCCAUCAUAGUCCCCGGCUAAGCAUACAGUGGCUGGAGAUCCUGAGAAGGAUUUAAAAAAUGGGUAAAGUACACUAGAGGUCACUUAACUAUGUAGAAAUGAUCUUUUUGAAUCAGCUACCUUUUAAAUGUUACAAAAUGGUCAUUAACAUUUAUCAAACGGUUACAGAAUAGUCCUUAAGCUUCUUGAGAUUUAUUGCUAUUUUUACGUUGCAAGGGAUCAUUUUGUAACUGUUUAAGAAGUUCAAUGACUAUUUUGUAACAUUUGAAAGAUCUUUGACCGAAAAGAUCAUUUUUUUACAUACUUCAUUGACCUUUAGUGUAUUUUUAUCAACAAAAAAAAAAAAAAAGGGAAGCAAAAGUAAUAAAUGGCUGUGUAAGUAAUAAAAAUAAACCCAGAGUUGUAGGCUUGAGACUUGAAUCCUCAUUCUAUAAGAAGAGAAAACCCAUUAUGUAGAAGCAACAAUGAUAGCCAGUGGAGCCUGGCAGGCAA